GCACGGACAACAGCAAGGACCUGCCGAUCGUGCAACAGAAAACAGACUGGAAGUUAAAACAAGAGAAAUUAUAAGAAAAGGAAAACAUCAGAAACGGCUAUAUGGCCUUUGACUUUGGUUAUUAAUGCAAAGAGGAAGACAAAGGAGAGAAGAGAAAGACAAAGGAGAGAAAAAACAACAAAGAGACAGCUGAAAAUUGGAUCUUCAAAUAGCAGAAACACAAGAAUGAAUGGGAUCUGACAACGUUGCUGUUAUUUCCUCUUGAGUGGACCAGGAAGAGGGGAAAAAAAAAAAAGAUAAACCACGAUACAAGCUGCCUUGUGAGUGUGUGGUUGAGCACGAGUAGAAGAUCAGAAGUGCACGUGCAGGAUCACAUAAAAACUGACGUAUGAACUUUUUUUUUUUUUUUAAAUAAUGCAAAGGCUCAUUUCAGGAUUAUAACUUUGGUUACAUUAACUUUUACAAAGACAUUUUACAUGCUGCCAAAAGUAACCUUUUACAAAUUGCUUAAAAGGUCACUGCACUGACGAUGGUUAACAAUAGCACUGGCGGGAACUGUUCUAUACAGGAUGACUUUAAAUACAUGCUUUACAGCUCGGCGUUCAGCAUAGUCUUCAUCUUAGGACUACUCUUCAACAUCGUGGCUUUGUACAUAUUCACUUGGACGCUGAAACAAAGAAACGAGACCACCACCUACAUGCUGAACCUGGUUGUAUGUGAUACACUUUUUGUUCUCACUCUGCCGUUUCGAAUUUCAUACUUUCUGAGCCGGAAUUGGCCAUUUGGGUCGGUGUUCUGCAAAAUUUCUGUGUCUCUGUUCUACAUGAACAUGUACGGCAGCAUCCUUUUCUUGACGUGCAUCAGUGCUGACCGCUUUCUGGCCAUCGUUUACCCAUUAGCCUCCAGAUCACUGAGGACUCAAAGGAACGCAAAAAUCGCCUGCUGUUCAGUUUGGCUGCUUGUAAUCUCGAUUAGCUUAGCAGCUGGGUUUCAGUUGGAGACGUCCAGCUCCAAUAACACGAACCACUGCUUUGAGAACUUCAGCAACAGUCAAUGGAAAUCCAAGAUAUCCAAAGUGGUGGUGUUUGUUGUGACAGUGGGCUUCAUAAUCCCACUGUUCAUUAACCUUUUCUGCUCUGUGCUGAUCUUGAGGACACUGAGAAACCUGGACAACAAUCAAAGUCAAGGGCAGCUGAACAAGACCAAGAUCUUGCGCAUGAUUUGUGUGCACUUGCUCGUCUUCUGCUUUUGCUUCAUCCCUUAUAACGUCAAUCUAAUUUUUUACACACUGGUACGCAGUAAAGCCAUCGAUAAUUGUGCUGUGGAGACUGUCGUCAAGACCAUGUACCCCUUUGCAUUAUGCAUCGCAGUGACAAAUUGCUGCUUUGACCCGGUUAUUUAUUACUUCACCUCAGAAACCAUCCAGAACUGCAUUAAGCGCAAGUCUGUUUUACUAAGCACCAGGAGGUCCUGCAACGAUCCAAACAAUGAGCCUCCUGUGAACAUGGCACGGUUUCUGAUAACCAAGUUAAUGUUUAACGAAUCUGCGGUAUGAGGAAACAGAUGCUUCUACCAUAUAAAAAAAAAAGAACUAACUGUUCCAGUGUACACUUCAAAAUGAAAUGUGUCUGUAAGGCAGCUAAUUUAUUAUUUGUGCACGUAUUGUAAAUAUGUUUAUACCCAGUGUGGGGCAUCUUUAUAUCUUUACUUUAUUUCAUUUAUCUAUUUAUUUUAACAAAUGCAGUAGCAAUGUGGCUUUACAUAUUAGCCCUUUUAGUGUUUAAAUGCCAGUAUAAAACCUUCUGUUUACAUUUUUGAGGGAAACUGUAAGUACCCCAGCUGAGCAUAUAAGAUUCUAGCACAUGUUUAAAAACUGACAUACUGCUUCCACGUACAUGUAAAAGUAGUAAUAAUGAAUUUGUGUUAAAUAAUUAUUGAUCCUGCUUGCAUCCUACAUGUGUGGAUUUUAUUUUAUUUAUAAAAAACUGCUAUAUAAAUAUUAAGCUCAUAACUUAAGAAUUCUGGAUUUUUAUUUAUUCCACAAAUAGAACAUGUUAAGACCAAGCUGCAAGCUGAUAUUACUUACAGACUACUUGUCUUUCAGUCACUGAUGUCUGAAGCUUGCAUGCUGGCUAAUAGGAAUUUAAUGCUAAACAAGAUGGUCUUGACAACAGUGGGUUUGCUACAUGGACCCUACUCUGAGAACCACUGCCUUAACCAAAAAGUGGAUAAUCUACAAGCCAGUUUUCUGAGUCAUGCAAAUUUUUUAAGAGACUAAAACUGUGGCCUGAACUGUGGCUUCAUGUUUAUGUUGCACAUGACCUAAUUGUGAUGCACAUUCUAUCGCAGUGUGCUGGUAGUGUAGCAGGUGAAGUUCCUGCCUCACAGCUCCAUGUUUCACAUGUUCUCUCUGUGCCAAUAUGGCUUGCCUUCACUCUCCCAAAAAAUGCUCCAGUAGGUGGAUUGGCUACUUUAAAUUAUUGCUAGGUGUGAACGAGUAGAUCAGUGUUUCUUUGUGAUGGUCUGGCAGCUCAACCGUGAUGGAUCCCUGACACAAACUUUAAAUACACCACAAUCUUGACCAGUACCAAAUGGGUAGUAAUCAAGUAAUGAAUGAAUUGCUGUUGACUAACUGGAUGUAUGAAUGUAGUAUGUUGUAUUUUCCUCUCUUUUUGGGCAUAAUUAAAAGAGGUAUUGUUCUUUCA